AUGGUGUGUAUCAAUCUAAGUGUUUCCACCCCUCCAAAACUAUCACGCAAGCUCACUCUUUGUUCUCUAGGCCAGCCAAGUUCCGGCCCAGGCGUAGUGAGGCAAAUUCGCUAUGGCGAUACCAAUGGUGGAUUGGUCGUCCUAAGCGACACCCAAACCAUUGAAGUCCUCGCACAUUUCGCCCGCGAACGCAUCCCAGAGAGGAGCGUGCACGCAAAGGCUGCCGGGGCCUUUGGCGAGUUUGAAGUCCUCGAGGACAUCUCUGACCUCACUGACGCAGACUUCCUCACUGGCAUCGGCAAGAAAACCAAGCUUCUCACUCGCAUCUCGACCGUCGGCGGCGAAAAGGGGUCCAGUGACACCGUCCGCGAUGUCCGCGGCUGGGCAACAAAGUUCUACACCCAAGAGGGCAUCCAGGACUUUGUCUUCAAUGAUCUCCCCGUCUUCUUCAUCCGGGAUCCGAUCAAGUUUCCGUCCAUGAACCGCAGCCACAAGAGGCACCCUCAGACCAAUGUGCCUGACAACUCCAUGUUUUGGGACUUUCACAAGAACAACCCUGAGGGUAUCCAUGCUUUGAUGCACCUGUUUGGGCCGCGUGGGAUCCCGGCUUCUCUGAGAAACAUUAAUGGCUUCGGCGUUCACACUUACACUUUGAACAAGUCUGAUGGAAGCUAUGUCUACGUCAAGUGGCAUUUCAAGCCCGACGACGGUAUCAAAACCAUGGACUCAAAGACGGCUGUCCGUCUCGCCGGCGAAGAGCCCGAUUACCACGUCAAGGACCUCUUCAAUGCCAUCAACAGGGGAGACUAUCCGACUUGGUCGGUGUGCAUCCAGGUGAUGAAGCCCGAAGAGGUCAACUCGGCGCCCAUUGACAUCUUUGACUGCACAUAUACUUGGCCGUACGAAAAGUAUCCCCUUCGUCGUAUUGGUCGCUUGACGUUGAAUAAAAACCCGGACAACUAUUUCCAGGACAUUGAGCAGGCUUGCUUCUCGCCAUCCAACAUGGUCCCGGGCAUCGGCCCUUCAGCUGAUCCAGUCCUCCAAGCACGCAUGUUCAGCUACCCAGACGCCCAAAGAUACCGCGUCGGCCCCAAUUACUUUCAACUCCCGCCCAACCGCCCGAUCAACAAAGUCUACGCCCCCUACGUGCGCGACGGCCCGGGCACGAUGAACGGCAACUACGGCAGCGAUCCAGACUACAUCUUCUCGCAGCUGCGUCCCGUUGCGCAGAGCAAGAAAGCAAGGAAGUUGUGGGAGAUUAUGUGUAGGGAAGGGGAUGGAAAGGAGCAGUUCCUGCAUAACAUCAUGCCGACGUUGGUGGAUGUUCCGGAUCGUCUGAGGAAGGAAGUUUUGGGUAAGUUGAUCUAUCUUGCACGGUUUCUUUCUGGCAUCUUAUGCUGA